AUGGAAUCGGAAGUGAAAGAUUUCAAUGAAGAAAAAACUGAUGUCAGCAGCAAGAUUGUGUCCUUGUUAGAGAAAAUUGAUGAACUCGAAUCGGCCGGUGCUCGGUCGGUAUCAGUCGAGCUUGCUACAUUGAUGGGAGAAGAUACAACGCUGGUUGAUCAUCUUGGUCGUCAACGUAUCUUGCAACUCUGUGACGAAGUGCAGGAAACCUGUCGGAAACUAUCUGCUGCUGAUGCGCGCAGGAAGUUGGAGCUGGAGUUGAGAGAUGCUGUCAUGGGCAGGUCGCGUUGGCUGUUACCGUCCGAAACUUCAAAUGAAGAACCGGUUGAGGAAGAUGCAGAUUCUGGACGUGCUGCGAAGCAUUUGUUGGUAGCUCGCGGGAAGAAGCCGCUGAGUUUGUUUGACUGGAAGAUUUGGACGAUGGCCAAACCGAAGCUUUGGAGAUAUGGUGACGCUGGCAAUUUAUUUGAUCGUGAGGAAGCACUGUCCACCCGAGAAUGGGCGGCGUGUCUUUUGCUCCGAGAGGAGUUGCAGUAUGCUGUUGACGGCGAUGAUGUUGCUCCUGCAAUGAGUAACCGUUUCAGUGGUGAUUGGAUUGCGUUGCACAUGAUGUCCACUGUUUGUCGCUUGACAGAUCAGCGCAAUGCUUCAUACCAAUUUUUGCGGAAUGGUGGCAUGGCCUUUGCCAAGACUUUGAGUGCUCUGAAAGCAGAUGAUUUGGCAUCUGCGGCACGGGUGGUAGAUCCUUCCUCUGGUGAUUCUAUGCAGCAAUUGUUGCAAAACACUAGUGUGCCAAAAACUGUCAAGGAUGCUCUGCAAGCGAUGCAAAGCGCAUCGGCUACGGUUUUGGGUACCGAUGGUCAUCGCAGGCAGUGCCGGCACGAAGGAGUCGCCUACAUGGAGACUUUUGGGCCGCCGCUCAGUUUUUUGACGCCCAAUCUGGCGGACACGCAGCAUCCAUUGCUGCUGGUUGUACAAGGCGAAGAGGUGGAUCUUGGGUCCGUGGAUCAGGAAAUGGACCCCUCUUUGCCGAAGUACAGAGACAUGCUGCGAAAGAUUGCGCAAGAUCCUGUAGCACAAACGGUACAGUUUGAGUUCUUGAUGCGAUUAUUUUUCCAACAUGUUUUGAAUGUGCGACCAGAAACUUUGGAUUGUCGCAGAGGUGGGGUCCGCACGGUCUCGCGGGAAUGGUGCAGUGAUGGCGCCGCUGCAUCUUCUACCGGCGCUGGAAUGCUGGGACCGGUGCUUGCCUUCAGAGGUGAAAUCGAAGCUCAAGGCCGCGGCUCAUUGCAUCCACAUAUUUUGGUUUGGCUUGUAUGCGGCCAUUUGGAGGUGGUAGGCCAACUUGCCAGCAUGUUGAAGAAUAACAAGGCCGAAUUGCAGCAUCGCUUACGUCACUUCAUGAAAAUGGUUGUGGCCAGCUUCGAAUCGUUGUCCCAUGCGUCUGUUCAAGCAGCGCCUCGAAUCUUUGAUGGCGCCAGCCUUUCGACGCCGGUUUCUGUCACGAAGGUUGCUCGCAACUUGUCCAAGUAUGAUGGCGGCAGUGACUUGGACUUGUUGCGAGAGAUGCUGGAGAGGACUCCGGAGCAAGACGCUUUUUUGGAAGCUGCUCAGGACGAUGACUGGCGCCGACCGUUGCUGCAGGUAGAGGAGGCCCCCAAUCCAACCAAGAACAUUUUCACACAGCCUAUCAAUGGCUUGCCAGUGGCACAGACGCCUGCAUAUCGUUUGCGCAGUGUGCUGGUCGAAGGUGCUUCUCCAGAAGAAGAAGCGCGAGCAUGGCAGACGGCAUUUGCGCAGGAUCUGCACAACCUUCUACCAGCCUUGCUGAGACACGUUUGCAGUGAUUCGUGCUUCAAGUAUUCGGACAAGAGCUCUACCCAAUUUCGUAUUUGUCGGCACGGUUUUUACCAUGUGGUGCAUGUUACAGAAGGUUGCAGAGUCAGACGGAAAGGCAAGGCCCUACGUCCUUGCGUUCAUGUCGGUAGUGAAUUGGAGGUUGAAUAUGGAAUGGCUGGACGUCUACGCCCAAUUCAGCUGAGUCCAUUCGAAUGUCAGACUUCUUUUGGUGGUCUUGUGGCUGGCCGACACAAUCUGGAUCUUCAAGACAUGAGAAGAGUCUUGGACAUGAAGCUGUGGACAGAGCAGGGCGACAUUUUGCCGCACGUCGGCUUCACGCAGCAAUUGGGUUACAUGGCCAAAUAUGAGUGGGCUGCUGGACAGUAUGAAGAACGAGGUGGAUCUCCCACUGAGCCAGUAUCAUGGUUGUGGACUCGUUCGCUGGCCAAAGAUUUUCGCAAAGCCUGGCUGGCAGCUCAUGAGAAAGCAGUCACUGGGGGAACGGACAAAACAGAAACAGAAGAUGAUGUUGCCGAGCGCGAGUUUGUUCGCGCGAUUCGCUGCGGUGUGAGUGACGCUUUUUCGGAUGGAAUCAAUAGCGGGUUCUACAUCAACAGCUACACGACGAAGCCUGGUCCUGGCUUGGCUGGAAUGUUAGAGGAGUUGCGCAAAGGCAUUGAGCGCUUGGAAAUGGAGCGGGAGGAGCGCAACGAGGAGAGGAGCCGUGCAGAACAAGCUGCACAAGAUGCAGGUGAACACAUUCCCGGACGUCGUGGAGUUAUGUUUUCUGAGACGAUGAAGACGUUGACCCGCCUGUCGUCUUCCUACAGACGUUGUCAUUGGAAGAGCGCGGCUGAAUUGAUUUUUCCUCUCUUGUACGAACAUUUGACGUUUGCGUCGCAUCGUACUUGGAAGCUGUUUGUGAAGAAAGCAAUUUUUUUCUGUGUUUCUGCUUGGCGAAAACAGUAUGGUGACAGUGUGCUCCAUUGUGUCGAUGCACAGAGCGCCCACAAUGAUCCUGUGAUUUUUCAUAGAACAGGUGUGGACGAUGUGGUUUUGGCCGGCUGGCGGAAAGUUGCCCGCAUUGAUGAUGAAACCGGCGAGACGUCGUAUGUCUACAUUGGACCGGGUGGGCAAGCUUGCACGAAUUUAGCUGACGCGUUCUUGGAGUUUGAAGCGCAGGCAGCACAGAAGCGCAAUUCGCGACAGAGGUUGUCGAUUGCAGAGGAGCUUUUGAAGAUGCAUAGUGUCACCGAAAAUGUGGAUCGCAGUGGCGACGGUGAGGGUGCUGCCACGAAUUUGCGAGCCUUGCAAGCAACUGGUGAGGAUGUCGCAGUGACUGCAGGUGUUAGUACCGUCACUCAGCCUCAGUACCUUUCUGUUACUACGAGCAGUUUGGAGGAUUAUUUGUAUCGCGGUGACUCAGAACUGCUGGCAGGAAUGAGUUGGGCGACCUAUGGCACGUGGGUCUAUCGCAUCGAGUUGCCUGCUCGUCCGGAGAAGUCGGUCAGAGGCGUCCUGGCACGGUACGUUGAUGUUUAUUUUGAUCCGGCUUACAAGCUCUACAAUUCUCAUGCUCAGCGGAUCUGCUCAGAACCUCGUGUACCAAUGUUUGAAGGGUUUACUAUGCCACCUCUGACUGUGGACAGCGAGCGGAAUGCCAUGUACAAGCAGAUACAAUGCCGGCCAACUCGCAUUCUGCCUGUCGCCGGCGAAGAACUGAGCCAGGAGGAGUUGGUGUUGAAAGCUUUUGCUCUUUUUUCAUCUCCUACCAAGGGCUCAGCAGGCAUGGACAAUUCCGUUGCAGCUACGACUGCUUUCACACGAGCUUAUCUGGAAUGGGAAGAAGACAUGACGAAGGAAGCAGCCACGGCUCGUUAUCGUUUUGCAGCUCGAUUUGAAUAUCCUUCUCUGUGGGAAACAAAAGAAAUGGUUGAGGCUCUUCGAUGGAAACUGGAAAUGGUCAUGGGCGAAGAGUUGCCGCAGCCGAUAUUAGAUCCGGAUCGAGAGAGGCCUCGAGCAACUGUUGAGCAAUAUUCUUCCAUGUUGGCAGAGAGUCGAGUUGCGCAUUUGGAAGGUUUGGCUCGGGCCCGGCAACAACGUCACAAGAGAAGUCGGGAUGUUGAUGCUGAGUUGUUGGAGGAGUUCGUGAAAGUGACCACUGCGGGCGAAAAAGAUGACGAAGAUGCUGGGGACAAUCCUGAGCAUGAUGAACUGCCUCCAGAAAAAACACUUCGGCCUGAUGAAGUCUUUCAGAAGAUAUCUUUUCGACCGAAUAUGGAAGAACAGAAGAAACUGCUACUGUUUCAAUUUCAAGCUCGACACAAUCAAUAUGUGAAAGAUUUCCUUGCACAAAGCUGGAUGAAGGAAGAUCCUUUUGCCGACGCAGGCAAACUUCAGAAUUCAACACGUCACUCGCUGCAUGAUGUUUUUGCUGAGCUCCAAAGUUGGAAUGCAGACACACGUGCGGACAUUUUGGGAUCGUGUCGAUAUGGUUUGGUGCAAGACGACGAAGACAGAGAGCAGCCUCCCAGUGAAGAAAUUGCGCAUGCAUCUCUCAAGAAAGCUUUGCCACGGUUACCUGCCCAGUGUGUUCGCUUCAGUGCUCAGAAUGUCUACGAGAAACCUUCCGAUCUUGUGAAAGAUCUAGUUGCUGCAUUGCCGCCGAAGCAACGACUGAACGAAGAUCAGGACUGUUUCAUUCAAAGAUUUGCGGAGGUGUUGGACACGGUGUACGCACAAGAAGGCACAACUGCCCCAGAGAAGCGGCAUGUUUAUCACAUGCUGUUGCUCGGCCAAGGGGGCUCAGGCAAGACGCACAUUGUGCAGAACAUUGUAUUCCCUGUGGUGCACUUCAUUUGGCCUUCGGAGGGAGAACAGUCUACCUUGAUGGUUGUUGCUGCCAAAAAUGCGCAGGCCAAGAACAUUUCCACUGACACUGUCCGCGCCAAGACCUUACACGGCGCAUCCUUGCUCGGAGUACAAAGCCUAACCAACAGCAACAUGGCUGCUGGCUCCAACGAGAAAGGUUUGCAGAAGCUGUGGAGCUCUGUGCGUGUCUUAGUUGUGGAAGAAAUCAGCAUGGUCUCGGCUCUUCUUUACAACAUGCUAGACUUUCGCGCCAUGCUUGGUCGCCGCUUGGUGUUUGGAGUGGAUCCAAACACGUAUGCCAAGACAGGCUGUGCCUUCGGACGUGUGCCGAUUGUUUUGCACUUGGGCGACUUCUUUCAAUUGCGACCGACUGCGCAGCUCUCUUUGUUGGAUGAUUUGAUGGCGCAGGAUGAGCAUGGCAACUGGAAACACGCUGAUGUGCCUGCAGAAGUACAGCAUGCCCAGAAAGUGUUUGCGGAGAUUCCAGAUGUUUUUGAGCUGCGCGGCACCAUGCGGUUCAAGCCAGGAGAUCCUCUGAUUGACUUAUUGCAAUGCAUGCGCCAGGGACAUCGUCUGCCGGAUGCAAUUUGGAAUGCUUUUCAACAGCGGUGUGCUCGCAACACUACAUCCGGGAAUGCAGAUGAACGAUUCAACUUGCCGCGUUUUCGGCGAGGCUACUGCAUGUCGAUCUACUGGGCGUCGCUGGUGCGGAUGAUGUACCGUCGAGCUUUGCUGGAUGCAGCGCAGGCGGAUCAGCCGUUGGUAUUGCUGCAAGCUGCUGAUAAUGCAUCGGGUUUGGAAAGGAACGUUGCUUUUCGUUUUUUGAACCGGCCGAACCCGUAUCAAACGGGGCAUAUGCAUGGACUAUUCCCUUGUCAUGUUGGCAUGCGGAUCCGACUGGUGGCAAAGCUCGAUGCAGAUAAGGGCAUGGUGCAGGACACAUUGGCCACGAUCAUGGACUUUGAAUUUCACUCCAACGAUCGGGCUCGGUAUGGUCAAUGCAAAGGCGGCGAGUUGUUUUCUCCGGAGUAUCUCCCAUCGGGUCUCUGGGUGGCUGUUGAUGGAUAUCAAGGAUGCUGUGGCUAUGAAGAUUUACUUACCCGUUGCACAGCGCAUAUCGAGAACUUUCAAGAGGCAGAAAGAUUAGCGAAAAGUUUUUUGGUUUCUUCCGGCAGAAGAAGUGGUGAUUCAACUGAAUAG